AGAGCCGGCCCCUGACUCACCCCGCCGCCCGAGGCUCCAGGCUGGCUCGGGGGGAAGCCGUGCCAAAUUAGUCCCACCCGUGGAUGCCGAGAACUUUAAGCCUGGGAAAGGAGCCGACACCAUGGACUCCUUCAAAGUACUGCUAGAGGGUCCAGCACCAUGGGGCUUCCGGCUGCAAGGAGGCAAGGACUUCAAUGUGCCCCUCUCCAUCUCCCGGCUCACUCCUGGCGGCAAAGCAGCGCAGGCGGGCGUGGCUGUGGGUGACUGGGUGCUGAGCAUCGACGGCGAGAACGCGGGCGGCCUCACGCACAUCGAAGCCCAGAACAAGAUCCGCGCUUGCGGGGAGCGCCUCAGCCUGGGCCUCAGCAGGGCUCAGCCGGCACAGAGCAAACCGCAGAAGGCCCUGGCCCCUGCCGCGGAUCCCCCGCGGUACACCUUUGCACCCAGCGCCUCCCUCAACAAGACGGCCCGGCCCUUUGGGGCGCCCCCGCCCGCUGACAGCGCCCCGCAGCAGAAUGGACAGCCGCUCAGGCCGCUGGUCCCGGACGCCAGCAAACAGCGGCUGAUGGAGGACACGGAAGACUGGCGGCCACGGCCCGGGACAGGCCAGUCGCGCUCCUUCCGCAUCCUUGCCCAGCUCACGGGCACCGAGUUCAUGCAAGACCCGGAUGAGGAACACCUGAAGAAGUCGAGCCAGGUGCCCAGGACAGAAAUCCCUGCCCCAGCCUCAACUACACCCCAGGAACCCUGGCCUGGCCCUACCACCCCCAGCGCUACCAGCCGCCCACCCUGGGCCGUGGACCCUGCAUUUGCUGAGCGCUACGCCCCGGACAAAACAAGCACGGUGCUGACCCGGCACAGCCAACCAGCCACGCCCACGCCUCUGCAGAACCGCACCUCCAUCGUGCAGGCCGCUGCCGGAGGGGGCACCGGAGGGGGCGGUGGCAGCAAUGGCAAGACUCCUGUGUGCCACCAGUGCCACAAGGUCAUCCGAGGCCGCUACCUGGUGGCGCUGGGCCACGCGUACCACCCCGAGGAGUUUGUGUGCAGCCAGUGUGGGAAGGUCCUGGAAGAGGGCGGCUUCUUCGAGGAGAAGGGUGCUAUCUUCUGCCCGCCGUGCUACGACGUGCGCUAUGCUCCCAGCUGUGCCAAGUGCAAGAAGAAGAUCACGGGCGAGAUCAUGCAUGCCCUGAAGAUGACCUGGCACGUGCACUGCUUCACCUGCACCGCCUGCAAGACGCCCAUUCGGAACAGGGCCUUCUACAUGGAGGAAGGGGCGCCCUACUGCGAGCGAGAUUAUGAGAAGAUGUUUGGCACCAAGUGCCGUGGCUGUGACUUCAAGAUCGACGCCGGGGACCGCUUCCUGGAGGCCCUAGGCUUCAGCUGGCACGACACCUGCUUUGUGUGUGCGAUAUGUCAGAUCAACCUGGAAGGGAAGACCUUCUACUCCAAGAAGGACAAGCCCCUGUGCAAGAGCCACGCCUUCUCUCACGUGUGAGCCCUCCUGCCCACGUCCACCUCUGUCCCACUCGGCCCAAGGCGUCUGGAGUCAUCGCCUGGCGUUUCGGGGUAGGGCUGGCAGUGGCUGCCCCAAAGCCCAACUCCUAGCCUGAGCCUGGGGUUCCAGAGCCUGGGGACCCUGUUCCAUCCCCUCACCUCCCCCCACACACUCCCUCCACCACAGUCACCGCUGCUGGCCACACCAGCCCCUGUUCACCUCCACUGCCACAAUAAACCUGUGUCCAGCUGCA